AUGCCAUAUCCCGACAGGUAUGACAACCCAGAGGAGGAGGAGCUUCUCUGGGUCCAGUACGCCCUGUGUCAGUCCACCAACAUCACUGUUGCAGAUUACUAUGCAGAGAAAGUAACUACAAAAUCAGUUAACGCUGGGUUCGAGGGUGUGGUCUACACAGAUUAUGAUCACUUCAAAACUGUGGUAGACGGGGUGUUGGAAAAGAGGAGAGCCAGCAGUUCAACCAUGAAAGGGAAGUCCCAUCAGCUGUUCAUGGGCUGCACUGAUGCAGGCGUAGACAUUGUUGGUAUACAAGAACACCGUUUAAUAACAUCAUCUCCUACUGAGGAGUUAUGGUCUGAUGACAAGAACUGGGUCCUCGUGUACACAUCAGCCACAGACCAGAGACUUGGAGGUGUUGGGCUUGUGAUCUCCAAGGAUAUUUACAAGUGCCUCCAAAGUAUUAACCCUGUCAGCCAGAGAAUACUGAGUGCCACGUUUCAUGGUAACCCUGAGACCACUGUUACAGUCGUCUAUGCACCAACAGAGUCAGCUAACACCACAGAAAAAGACGACUUCUACAGCACACUUAAAGACCACCUAGAGAGGGUAAAGCCACACAGCAAGCACCUGGUUAUUGGUGAUUUCAACGCCAGACUAGGCAUGGACAGUCACGUGACCCACCCGGCGGUAAUCGGCCCCCACUGUUUUUACAGUGAGACGAACGACAACGGGGAGCGUCUUGUGAACCUCUGCCAAGAGCACAAACUUCGCCCAGCGCAAAGUAGAUUUCCCCAACCCAGUAAGCGCCUCUGGACCUGGAUGCAUCCAGGGGGGUCUACACAACAACUUGACCACAUCCUUAUAAAUGGUAAAUGGUUAAACUCCCUGCGGAACUGUAGGGCAUACAACUCUGUGGAGCUGGACUCAGACCACAGAAUCCUCAGCGUAAUGCUUGUCUCCAGCCUCCGCACCUCCAAAGGGAAACCAUGCAGAAGGCCUAAGUUCAACUGGAAAAAGUUACGGACGGCAGAAACCAAGAAGGAGUUCCAGGUUGAGCUGUCAAACCGCUUUCAGGGACUGGCCUUUGAUGAUGCCUCCACUCCUAUAACAAAGCGCUAUGGUCAGUGGGAAAAGGCUGUGGCAGAAGCAGCGGAGAAGGUUGUUGGGAAGUCAGAUGAACUUGACUUCCUGAAUCAGCAGUUGGAAAACCUCCAAGAGGCUGACAAGAAGGGUGACUACAACACCACCUGGAAAAUAGUAAACUCACUAGCUGGCAAGGGUAGAAGACCCAGCCCAAGAGUUAAGAAGCGCGAUGGAUCAGCUCCAUCCAGUGACUCUGAGCUCCUGGAUGAAUGGAGGCUAUACUUCGCUGAUUUGCUAAACAACGACAGUGGUCCACCGGAAUCUCUCCCCCCACCUGCUGAUCGAGACCUCCCCAUCAGCACUGACCCACCUACACUGGAGGAGACAGUAAAGGCCAUCCAGGACCUGAAGAACAAUAAAGCACCAGGCCUGGAUUGUGCAAUAACUGCAGAAGCCCUUCAGGGUGGUGGAUAUGUAAUGGCCAAAUCCAUUCACACAUUCUGCACAGAGGUUUUCACCACACUAACUCCCCCAGAGCAGUGGAUCACGAAUGUCAUCAUACCCUUACCAAAGAAAGGGGAUCUGACCCUGAUGACCAACUACAGAGGCAUCAGCCUAAUGUCCGUAGCAGCAAAGCUGAUUGAGAAGGGAUACCCCGAGACCGGCGGGGUGACAAGACAACAGCGCAACUUCAACUACCGUCUGAGCCGGGCCAGGAUGGUGGUGGAGGUUGAAGGGAAGAUGGCGGUGUCUCUUGAAUAG